UCCGACAUAGAGUUACACGAGGCAUCUUGCGAUCGGGUUUUAAAGGGGAUUAACUGCACAGGACACGAUUAAUAGAGAUCAUAUUUAUAUUUUGGGUAUUUAGUUUGAAAUAACGUGGAAAAUGACCACGUUCGAGUCUCUCGGGCUCAGUGAGUGGUUGAUCCAGCAGUGUAAGCAGAUGGGCAUGAGUCGACCGACCCCAGUACAGGAGAAAUGCAUCCCUGCUAUUCUGGAAGGUCGGGACUGCAUGGGCUGUGCCAAAACUGGAAGUGGAAAAACGGCAGCUUUUGUUCUUCCAGUGCUGCAGAAGUUGGCUGAGGACCCUUAUGGUGUUUUCUGCUUAGUUUUAACCCCCACCAGAGAGCUCGCUUACCAGAUUGCAGAGCAGUUUCGAGCAUUAGGGAAGCCACUAGGCUUAAAGGACUGUAUCAUCGUGGGAGGAAUGGACAUGGUCACUCAGGGUUUGGAGUUGUCGAGAAAGCCGCAUGUUGUUGUUGCCACACCAGGACGACUUGCUGAUCACAUCAGAAGCUCUGACACGAUCAGUCUGAACAGAAUCCAGUUUCUAAUCAUGGAUGAAGCUGACCGUCUUUUAGAGCAGGGCUGCACAGAUUUCACUAAAGACCUAGAGGUCAUUCUCGGUGUUGUGCCCGCAAAACGGCAGACCCUGCUGUUCAGCGCCACCCUCACAGACACACUGCAGCAGCUGCAGAGCAUCGCCAUGAACAGACCCUUCUUCUGGGAGCACAAAUCAGAGGUGCAGACCGUAGAAGAGCUAGAUCAAAGAUACAUCCUCACUCCUGAGAAAGUCAAGGAUGCUUACCUGGUCCAUCUCAUCCAAAAGUUCCAAGAUGAACAUGAUGAUUGGUCUAUCAUAAUAUUCACCAACACAUGCAAGAACUGUCAGAUACUCACAAUGAUGCUGCGUGAAUUCAGUUUUCCAACCAUCUCUCUGCACUCAAUGAUGAAGCAAAGACAGCGUUUUGCCAAUCUUGCAAAGUUCAAGUCUAAUGUCUUCAAAAUUCUCAUAGCCACAGAUGUUGCUGCAAGGGGUUUGGAUAUUCCCACAGUGCAAGUUGUUAUCAAUCACAACACGCCAGGUUUGCCAAAAAUCUACAUUCACAGAGUGGGACGAACUGCUCGAGCGGGCCGAAAUGGCGUCUCCAUUACACUAGUCACACAGUAUGACAUCCACCUCGUCAGUGCCAUCGAGGAACAGAUACAGGUGAAACUGAAGGAGUUUCCUGCUGAAGAAAAAGAGGUGUUGAAGAUUCUUACUCAAGUCAAUGUCACAAGACGACAGUGUGAAAUUAAACUGGAGUCGACUGAUUUUGAUGAGAAAAAGAAGAUAAACAAAAGGAAACAGAUGAUUCUAGAGGGGAAAGAUCCAGAUUUGGAGGAAAAAAGAAGAAACGAACUAGACAAGAUCAGAGGAAAAAAUAAGAAACUGAAAGGAAGAAUCCAUGAAAAACUACAGAGGAAAAGUACAAAACCGACAGCAGUGGACUCUUGAAAUUUUUAUGUUCUGCAUUGUUAUUGUGUAUAUAGCUUACAUUUGCCAUAACCCAAUGUAUAAAAAGAACAUGUAUGAUUCAUAUUUCAAAAUAAACGGCAUUUUAUGGUG